UUUUGUGAAAAACGUAAAAGAAAAAAUAAGAGAACUAGAAAAAAAUGAGUUCAUUUCUUUACAUUUUAGGCUUUUCCAUAUGUUGACUAGGCUUUGUCAUUUAGACAAGUAUAUUUAGUGAUGCAAUAUGAUAUGUAUACAAUUGUUGUCCCAUCUUACCAUUUAAGGUAGAAAAAGAAUCUUUCCUUAGUUGUCAUUAUAAAUUACUUACCAUAUAAUCUAUCCAUGGAAAUGCUACAAUUAGAAACCGUCUUAUGGUUUAGGUCUAAUAAGUUCGUAACUAUUGUUUGAAAAAUUUUCUGUUUGAAAGUUUUCCCAUUUAUCAGUUUACACGCGUCCUUAAUUCAGAAUUUGCUCAUGAGGAAACCAUGAGCUGUUCAGUUACGAUGUUACCACAUUAAGGUCUUAUUAACCAUUCAUGGUGAUGGCCAUGUAUUUAUAUCUAUAUUUUUCCCAAAGGCUGUGCAUUCCUUCUCUUCAUUCUUAACCAUGGCAAGAAAGAGGGUUACGCUUGAGUUGAUUUCUAAUGAAUCUGCCAGGAAAGUGACUCUCAAGAAAAGAAAGGCUGGGCUGUGGAAGAAGCUCAAUGAGCUGACAACCCUGUGUGGUGUUGCUGCUUGCGCAAUAAUUUUCAGUACUUAUGAUGCACAACCGGACAUUUGGCCUUCCCCAAUUGAGGCAUAUAAUGUGCUCGAAAAGUUCAAGAAUUUGCCUGCAGAGAUACAAGGUAAGUAUAUGAUGGACCAGAACAGUUUGCUUAGAAGAAGCAUAAUGCAGUUGAAUGUAAGAUUGGCGAAGCAAAGAACGAAAAACAGAGAGCUGGAGAUGGAUCUUGUUAUGGCUGAAAGCAUGGCAGGUGAAAAUAACUGUGAUUUGAAUAAUUUAGAAUAUCUGAAAGAACUGGUUCAUCUAUUGAAGGAAAAGAUUAAGUUUGUCACCCAAAAGAUCGAGAGUAAGGGGUUUAAAGCCUAAUCAAGUUAUUAGGAAAUGGAAAUAAAAAUAGAGCAUAGUUAGAACACAGGUCUUUUCAUCUAAGAUUAGAUGUGAAGAGUCCUUUUGCAUGUUCAGAAAUCUCUUUUGCUCUACAUGAAUAAAUUUUAAAUUGUUUUCGUUUUUAAUGUUCUCAGUUCUCAGAAUAAUUGUCUAUCGUUGCAAUUUCUUUAUCAUUUUUUUUCUACAUUCCACCUUUAUCUAUAGUCAUUCAUACCGCUGUUUGCAGACAUUAGUUGUGAAAAUGCUAUCUCAUGAUGCAGCUAUUCCUAGGCUCAGAACUUGGAAUCAUUUCAAUAAUUAGAAUUUUAUCGGACCACCAAGUCGUUAUAGAGCCAAUCCUCUUUGGUUGAAAGCAUACGCUUAGCUUUGCCAAAAAAAACGCUGUGGCUGAUAUUUAAUCCCUUGAUAAUGCACUGUUCUUUCUUUCUUUUUCUUUUUAAGUUCACCACUUGGCAUUUGUUUUUACCCAUUCAAUUACCUGAGAUCUGAUAC